UAAUGGCUAAAGUUGACCAUUGUUAUCCCACAUUAGAAUCAGAUACUCAAAAACAGAUACAAACAUUGCUUCUCAAUGUUGAACAAUGGAAUGCUAUCAAUGAUAAAUCAUUGAAAAAAAUCAUCACUGGAGGAUAUGGUUCAGGAAAAUCAAUAGUAGGAAAGGAGAUUGUUAAAAAUUGUAUUACACAGAAUUCAGAAAAUCCUUCUACCUUGUAUUAUAUAUGUUGUAACCAUUUCUCCUUGUAUGAAUGUCAUAUGAAAGAGUUUGUUGACGGCAUAAAUAAAACUUCAAAUAUUACAGUUGUUUGUGAUAGUUUAUAUAAUUUAUGGAAAAGCAUGUGUCAGAACAAAAGUAUUUCAAAUAAGUACAUUUCUCUACCAAAAUUACUAGAGCAUUUGGCUAGCAUCAACAGUAAUAAAGUAUGUUUUAUACUUGAAGAACUUUCUGAAGAAUAUGUUAAAAAAGAAGAUGCAAUUCAACUGAAAUAUUUGUUUACAUCUAUAUUAAAAGAUUCUUUAGUUGUUUUUAUUCCUGAGAGUAUUACAAAGAAUCGAGAAUUGGUAACAAAUAAACAAAAGCAUAUACUACAAAAAAAUUUCUUUCGACAAGAAAUAAUAGGAAUGAAGGUCAUAUCUCUAAAUAAAUCAAUGAGAGUUACUGAAUGCAAUAAAUUAUUAAUAGAUAUUGCUCAAAAAACUAUUUGUGAAACAAAAAGUGUUUUAAAUAUUCCAAAUAAAAACUUCAGAAUAUUGCAAGAAAAUAAAAAAAGCAAUUUGUUUGAAAAUGAAAAUUUGCAGAAUGUGGAACAUUAUGUGAAAGAUAAUAAAAAAGUUAAUGACACAUCACAUUUUGACACAAUUAAGAUUACUAAAAAUAACAAUUAUGCAUCUGUCAAUUUUGAACAAGGUAAUAGAUAUGCAUCAAAAAUUUCUAAUGAUAAAACUUUUGAUAACUAUUCAGACUCUAAUUCAAAUCAAUCUUCAGAGAAAAAAGAAAAUAAAUUUAUUGAUACAGUUGUUAAAGAUUUUCAUGAUAUUGAUUUAGAUUACAUGGCAAAGAUAAUAACAACAAGUACUAAUAAUAUUAAUCCAAACAUUUAUAUGGAGACUGAAUAUGUUUUCAAAUCUGGUAUUAUAGGACACUCCAUUAAAGGACAAAAACCCAAAGUUGUAUAUUUACCCUUUUAUGAUAUAACAGAUAAGCGAUCUGUAAAAGUAUUAUCCAUUAUGUUAGAAAAACUUUGUUUUAACGCUCUUAAUGGACUAAGAAAAACUGUGGUUAUAUGCAAAAGUAUGGAAGAAGUGAUAUCUGUUGCAUAUGCAAUAGAUAUAAUUAAAAAUUUUAAAGCAGUUACUUAUUCACCACAUUUGCAGAAAUACUCACCAUCAUUAGAAACAAAAUUCCAAAUUAAAAAGCAAUUAAGAAAUGACAUGGACAUUCUCGUAACUGACUGCAAAGGGUUUUCAGGUGAAGAAUCUGAAUCUGUAAUUGUAUUUGUGAGUCCAGAGGAAACUUAUCUUCGGCAUGUUCUUGUAGAUGCUAUUUCAAGAUCAAACUCAUAUUUAACAGUGUUUGUUAAGAGUUGUAGUAAUAACAACAAGCCUUUAAAUAAGGAUAAAACUAUCAAAAAUGUUUUAACUAAUUGGUCAAAAGAGUUUGUUGAAAAAAUUACAAUUGCAACAUCCAAUACAGAAAAUCGAAAAUCAACAGAUGUUUUUUUUGUAAUUAAUGAGAAUUGCAAAGUGUUUAUUGAUCGCGGAUCUACUAAUGACUUUGAGAAAUAUAAGAAAAAAUUGCAGUUCCAAAUUUUUCAUGAAAAUAACUUUAUAUAUGAAACUAUGGUUUCUGAUCUGUCAAGUCAUGUAAAAAAAGAAUUUAAAAAGGGUAGUCAAUCAUUUUCAGAAAAUAUUUUUCCACGCGACAAAAUACUACGUGAAAUUCAACAUUACUUUUUACAAGAUGCAAACAAGUCAACUUUAGUAUUAUAUGGAAUGUCGGGUGUCGGAAAGACACUAAUUGCCCGAAAAUACUGUGAAAUAAGUUAUAAUUUCUAUAAAAACUUUGUUUGGAUUGACGCAGCAUUUAGAAAGUUACAAAAUUCAUUCAGAAACCAAUGUCAAAUAUUAGGAUUCAAGGUUCAUGAUUCGAAAGGCGAUUAUUUUAAUAUAAAAGUGAUUGUUGAAAAAAUUCACAACUAUUAUAAAAACGAAAAUACUUUAUAUAUUUUUGACAAUGUUGACGACAAAAGUGUUAAAAAUUUAUCAAUAUACAUUUCAAGAAAACCGAAUUCAUUUACAUUGAUUACCUCCCAAUGGAGAACAUGGACGAAUGAUGUAAAUAAAAUACACGUUGAUAUUUUUUCUUUAGAGGAAGCAUUAGCUUAUGUAAAAAAUAAUAUUAAAGAAAACACCGAUGAAAACAUAAAAAACUUAAUUAAAGAACUUGGUUAUCAUCCAUUUGCAAUUACUCAGGCAAUAAAAUAUAUAAAUAUACAUAAAAUAUCGAUAGAAAAAUACAUAGAUCGAUAUAGAUUAAAACCAUCAGAAAUAUUAGACACGAAUAACUUUCCGACUGAAGAAGUAUCAAAGUCUGCAAUGAAAGCAAUUAACUUAAUUUUAAUAAAAUUAGAAAAAUCUAAAGAUCUUUCAUUUCAAAUAUUAAACUGUUUAUCUCAUUGCGACGGUCAAAACAUCAGUAAACAGUUUAUAACCAAUAUCUCAAAUCAUAUGAAAAUAAACGAUGACCAUUUAGUAGAUGAAGCAAUUGAAUUACUAAUGAGUUAUUCUUUACUAAACUGUUUUUAUAAUAACAAAUAUGCAAUACACGAACUUACACAGUUGUCAUGUAGAUGUUUUCAAAAGAGAAGAUCGAGUACAAAUAUGUACCUUGAUCUAAUAGAGAAUUAUUUUAAAGUUGAAUUGAACGAAGUAAAAAGUCACAUGGAUUAUGGAAACCAUUUUGUUUAUCAUUUUAUUUAUAUGUUUCGUACUAAUAAAAAAAAACUUGUGCAAACCUUCCACCUUAUGACAACUUCUAUUAAAAGGUUAUUAGUAUGUAAAGGACUAUUUAAAGAAACAAUCGAAAUAUUACAAGCUAUUCAACGUUUUAAUACAGAAAUUUAUGGUGAAAAUAAUGAAUUCACACUUCGUACUAAACAUAAUAUCGCAGAGUGUUUGAAUAAUAUGGGAAAAUAUAAUGAAGCUUUAGAAUUUUAUUACUCUGUUGAUAAAAUACGAACUGAAAUUUUAGGUGUCCACCAUCCAGAUACAUUGGCAACAAAACAUAGUAUAGCACUUUGUUUGUACAAUAUGGGAAAAUAUAACGAAGCUUUAGAAUUUUAUUACUUUGUUGAUAAAAUACGAACUGAAAUUUUAAGUAUCAACCAUCCAGAUACAUUGGCAACAAAACAUAAUAUAGCACUUUGUUUGAAUAAUAUGGGAAAAUAUAACGAAACUUUAGAAAUUUAUUAUUCUGUUGAUAAAGUACUAACUGAAAUUUUAGGUGUCCACCAUCCAGAUACAAUGGCAACAAAACAUAGUAUAGCACUUUGUUUGUACAAUAUGGGAAAAUAUAACGAAGCUUUAGAAUUUUAUUACUCUGUUGAUAAAAUACGAACUGAAAUUUUAAGUAUCAACCAUCCAGAUACAUUGGCAGCAAAACAUAAUAUAGCACUUUGUUUGUACAAUAUGGGAAAAUAUAACGAAGCUUUAGAAUUUUAUUACUCUGUUGAUAAAAUACGAACUGAAUCUUUAGGUAUGAACCAUCCAAAUAUAAUGUCAGUAAAAAAUAAUAUCGCACUAUGUUUAAACAAAAUGGGAAAAUAUAAUGAAGCUUUAGAAAUUUAUUAUUUAGUUUAUAAAAUACGAACUGAAAUUUUAGGUAUCAACCAUCCGGAUACAGUGACAACUAAACAUAAUAUAGCACUUUGUUUGAACAAUAUGGGAAAGUAUAACGAAGCUUUAGAAAUUUAUUAUUAUGUUGAUAAAAUACGAACUGAAAUUUUAGGUAUUAAUCAUCCAGAUACAAAAACAACUAAACAUAACAUAGCACUUUGCUUGAACAGUAUGGGAAAAUAUAAUGAAGCUUUAUAAAUUUAUUAUUCUGUUGAUAAAAUACCAACUGAAAUUUUAGGUAUUAAACAUCCAGAUAUCAUGUGAACAAAACAUUGUAUUUCAAUCUGUUUGAGUAAUUUAAAAACAGUAAACGUGUUGUUGCAUUAAUUGACCAUUGUUUUAGUUUUAAUAUAUAU